GUCAAACAAAACACAUAAACUAAACAAAUUUGUGUAACUAGACAUUCAAUCAACCAAUAUUAUUUCCAAUAUAUAAAUUGUGAUUUUUAUACUUGCAUUUUAAUAUAUUCAAAUUAAAUUUGUUGAUUAAAUUUGGAUUUCGACAUACAAUUUUGUUAAAAUGUUGAAAUCAUUGCGUGAGCGUUCACAAAAACGUAAAAAACUUUUAGCACAAACUCUUGGUGUUCAAAAUGUUGAAGACUUGAAACAUGUUUUGGGCGGUUCUGAUGAUUGGGCAAAAAAGGGAACAGUGGAAGAAUCUUCAUCAAAACCAUCAAAUGACGACACAAAAAAACAUAAUAAUUCCAGAAAGUCACAACCCGAAAAUCUUUUUUAUCGUGAUUCAUCAACAUUCUUAAAGGGUACACAAUCAUCAAAUCCACAUAAUGACUACUGUCAGCACUUUGUCGAUACGGGGCAACGACCACAAAAUUUCAUUCGUGAUGUUGGUUUGGCUGACCGUUUCGAAGAAUAUCCCAAAUUGCGUGAGCUAAUACGUUUGAAAGAUGACCUAAUCAAAGAGACAGCAACACCACCGAUGUACCUGCAAACUGAUUUAAAGACAUUCGAUUUGAAAACGUUGGGCAUGAAAUUUGAUGUGAUUUUAAUUGAACCACCGCUUGAAGAGUAUUUCCGUGGUGGAAGUACAUUGGGUGUUGCCGGUGCUCAACAACCAGUUUUUUGGAAUUGGGAUGAAAUUCAAUCGCUCGAAAUCAACGAAAUUGCAUCCCAUCGUAGUUUUGUAUUUUUAUGGUGCGGUAGUUCUGAAGGUCUUGAUAUGGGCCGUAAUUGUCUACGCAAAUGGGGCUUCCGUCGAUGUGAAGAUAUAUGUUGGAUUCGAACCAACAUUAACAAUCCGGGCCAUUCCAAAAUUUUAGAACCAAAAGCGGUUUUUCAACGAACAAAAGAGCAUUGUUUGAUGGGCAUCAAAGGCACCGUACGUCGUUCAACAGAUGGUGAUUUUAUCCAUGCAAAUGUCGACAUAGAUCUUAUCAUAUCGGAAGAAGGUGAAUUUGGGAAACCAAUGGAAAAACCAAUCGAAAUAUUUCACAUAAUCGAACACUUUUGCUUGGGACGACGACGUUUGCAUUUGUUUGGUCGUGAUUCCACUAUUCGUCCUGGAUGGCUUACUGUUGGUCACGAACUAACAAAUUCGAAUUAUAACAGCGAAUUAUAUACGUCGUUUUUCGCAGAGAGUAAUACAACUGGCUGCACCGAUCGAAUCGAGGCUCUGAGACCAAAAAGUCCACCAGCCAUUACAAAGUCGAUGCGUGGUAGAGGCAUUCCAAGUCGUGGAUAUUCACGUGGUAGAGGACGCGCACGAUUGCUACAAUAACAAAGCUCUUCGUUCCAUAUAUUCUUCGCAUGAAGGAAAUUACUUUAAUUGAAAUAGAUAUGACAAUGUAUUUGUAUUCCUCUGUCUUUACACGAACUCUUAUGAUAACAAUAAAAUAAUAUGAAGAUAAUUUGCUGUGUUA